AUGACAAAAAAGUACAAAAAAGAAUUCUGUACCGCUUCUCAUGGGCCUUUCGGAAAAAGAAGAAGUAUCGGCACCAGUAUAUGUUCUGCGUGCUGCAAUGAUAAAGACGUAUGUAAUAUCGACGGACACUGUAGUGCUGAAAAGUUUGUACCACCAACAGGUUCAAACCUUUGCUACAAGUGCCACCUAAGUGGUAGACCUGACAGUUGUCAUCAGUUAACAUUGUGUGAUCAGCAUACGGUCUGCUCGCUACAACAAGUAACUAAUUAUCUUGGGCAUAUUCGAUGGGAACAUGGUUGCGUUAAAAAGGCGGUGUGUAGUAGUUUGUCUAAUCAUGGAUGUUGUUCUUACUGUUGUGACUCUCCACUAUGUAAUUACAACUGUUCGACAACACAUUCAGUAAUCACCUCACCAUCUAUAUCGUCGACCACUACUGCAAUACAACAGACACUCCCAAUCGUUACACAAACUGUUAUACUACCAAAGAAUAUCAUAUAUGGUGAUACCGUUACGGUUCAAUGUUUUGUAACAGGAAAUCCUAAGCCAACCAUAGAUUUCUUAUUUAAGGGAAGCCGAUUGGGCCCUAAUGUGCAAGUAGAUUCCACUACAAAUGUACUCACUAUAUCGAACUUUUUGCCAUAUAACGAUGGAGAUUACAGAUGUAUUGGUGAAAACUUUUUGGGUGAUGAUCAUAAAGAUUUCCACAUACAAGGACAAGUACCUGAGAUCACCACUGAUUUUGACGCAGGACAACUUUGUUUGAACUGUAAAGCAGUACCCCAGCCUUUAGAUUGUACUGAUGUUGUGGAAUGUGGAACUCAUGAGUCAUGCUACACACAGAGGUUCAUUACAUAUGAUGGCAUUACCUUAUUUAAUGUAGGCUGUCGGGACCAUGAUCAAUGUAAGGCAAAUCCUGGUAGGUCUGUAGGCGAUGUUAACAUAUGUACGAGAUGCUGUAACAAUACAGACAUGUGUAAUUUGGAUCAGCUAUGUAGUUCAGAAGCGUUUGCUCCAAAGGCAGGACACGUUCUUUGUUUCUCGUGUCCUUAUAGUUUAGUACAACCAACUCAGUGUCACAGGAUAACAUUGUGUGGACAGGACCAGGUAAUAGCUAAUUAG